AUGGCAACAGAUAAGGUUAAGCUUUUAGGGUUUGUUUUCAGUCCAUUUUCCCGUAGAGUGGAGUGGGCUCUGAAGCUGAAGGCCAUUGAUUAUGAGUAUGUAGAAGAAGAUAUCUUCAACAAAAGCCCUCUUCUUCUGCAACUCAAUCCAGUUCGCAAAAAAGUUCCAGUUUUGGUUCAUGGCAACGAAGUGGUCUCUGAGUCAUUCACUAUUCUUGAAUAUAUUGAUGAGACAUGGAAGCAAACCCCAUUGUUGCCUCAAGAUCCUUAUGCAAGAGCCAUAUCACGCUUUUGGGCUAACUUCACGGAAGAGAAGGUUCUGGAUGCUGCAUUUACAGCUUUAAUAUGCUCCACAGGAGAGCAACAAGAAAAGGCUUUGAAAUCAACUAUUGAGGCCUUGGAACACAUAGAAGGAGACCUCAUGGGAAAGAAGAUUUUAGGAGGGGAAAGCAUUGGGUAUUUGGACAUUGCAAUGGGGUGGAUCUCUUACUGGCUGCCUAUUUGGGAGGAAGUAGGCUCCAGGCAGGUUUUGGACCCUUCAAAAUUUCCUGCAAUCAUUUCAUGGAUCAACAAAAUUCUUAGCCACCCUGUGAUCAAGGACAACUUACCUCCUCGAGACAAAGCGGUUGCUUAUUUUCAUGGGAGGAGAAAUUUUUACACUUCUGGGAAGACUUAG